GGUGCUUUAAGCAGUUGCUGUUCAAUCACACUGUCACUAAUGGCAGCAUCAAGUCUAAGUAGAAUCGGGCGCUGAUUUGUGCGCUGAAAUCUAGAAAUAAACUUGACUUCAGACUGAUCGAGCAGCGAUUGAACGCUUCUUUCUCUUUUGGCUGUGAAACUACAAGCAACAAUAAUUUUUCUAAGUGCGGUACAAAUAAAUAAAUAGAAUUGAAAUCCUAUUUAAACUUUUAAACACUUUUGAAGUAAAAAAUUAAAACUUGCAAACUACACAUUUAUAAACAAGUUAUUUUCAAUAUUAUUUAAAUAAGCAUGCAACCUCAAACUGAAACUGAAUACAUAUAUAUAUAACAAAAAAAGCAAAUAUGAGCACUUUAUUUCGUUGUAAAAACUAUUUAAAAAUGUUAUAAAACUUGAAGACGUAGUGAAAUCAAACAAGAUCAAAUCUUACCAAACCUGCCCAAUCUAAAAAUACACAAACUACAAUAUUUUACUAAUGUUUGUCAGACAACAAAUGUAUAAAAAAAGGAAUUCCAAAAAUGUAUGUAUAUACGAAGUAGUUAUGUAGUUAUAGUGAACCGAAAAGACACCAGCAGAUAAAAAUAAACAAAAACAAAACAAACAUCUUACCGUAUCGCCAAGAUAAAGUGGUCGCCAAUGGAAAUACUUGUAACAUAUCUAACGUUAGCAUACUGAGACUAAAAAUAGCAACCUAAACAAAAGCAACAAAACUGAAAAGCUAUUUGAAAGAAAUAAACCUAAAAAUAAAUGAACCACGUACCAACAAACACGUAUCCACCAAUCUGAGUAUCCAUCUAUCUAUAUUUCUAUAUAUUUGCUUGCAAGAUAACCCGUAUUUCUGUGUAAAUGGUAUUAUUUAAUUUGACCUGUUUUUGCGAUUCUGAUUAAUGUUUUUCACGUCUUUUAAUUACUAAAGAAGCCAAAAAAUAGGAGCCACGCGCAAAAGCUGAGCAAUUGUUUAAAAAUCAGAUUAAACAUUAAAAACAAAGAGCAAAACAAAUAAACAUAUAAACAUAUAAACAAAUAAACAAAUAAGAGCUUCCGACAAGCUAGACAUCAUCAAACUUCCACAACAACAACUGAAAAUGUAGUAGUCAUCAUUAAAGUAUGCUUACUAUAAAAAAUAACAAAAACACUUUUCUUGCCCAGAGCUGUGCUGGCCGUCGUCCAUCUGUGGUCGGUAAGCCAAGAGAUUAGAAGCAAAGUUUCAUGCUCGCAUAAAACAAAUAUCCUCCAACGCAAGCAGCAGGAAAGAAGAACUUUACGCGUUGCUUCAUGCGAAUCAUUAUCCUAUCUUCUGGGUUUUUACAUUCGGAAUUCACUAAUAAUGAUACUAACGCUUCGAGUUGUGUUAUUGAAUAUAUUUUAAAUUUAAGAAAUUAAUUAAAACAAACGAAAAAAAUUAAAAUUAAAAUUAAAAUUAAUAAAAAUUGUGAUUUGAUGCCGACAUCGUUAGUCGAAGCAAUAAUUAAAAGUUCCUGAAUGUGAUGUGAUGUUUCCGUAAUAUUAUAAAUUUAUACAAUAACCACUAAUUACUUUAUAUGUUUUUAACAAAAUAUAUUAAUUCAACUAAACUGAAAGUGAUAUCAAUAAUUAGAAGAACCCAGAAAGCACAGAAAAAUACUAGACACAAACUGUGACCUUAAGAACAUUCGCUCGUGAAAAUUAUGUGCAAAGAGCUUCCUCUAAUCAGAAUCGAGAUUUUAUUCAAAACAAAUAGAAGCAAAGAUGAUGUCCUCAAGCUUACUUUUUGCACCCAAAUUGUUGGGAUUAAUAGCGUUUCUUUUUGCGUUAGUUCUGCUAAUUUAUGGGCCAGUCACAUCGGAAGCAAGUCCACUUAUUGCAGAUGAUGGAACUAAUAUAGAAUUUAAGCGAUAUUGCAGCAACACUCUCUCAGAUGCCAUUCGAAUUAUUUGCGGCGGACGAUUUAAUUCGCUUUCACGACAAUUUCCUGAUAGCGUUGGUACGGGCACACUUAAGACCAGUACCCUUAAACGUCUUGUCCCAGAUGAUCAUCAUCGCCCAUUAAACACGGGUCCUAUUCAUGAAUGCUGCCGGCGCCCAUGUGGUUACUCAGAAUUAAAAAUGUAUUGUGCUCCCGAGUAGACACCCUGAUACUACCACAGACAUUAAUUUAAUGCAACUCGAAUUAUUGCAUCGAAAUAUCAAUCAUCUCAAUAACCGAUCAUUAACGAAUUUAUUUUAUCAAUACGACUAAGUUUGAGUAGUUUGACUAAUUAAAGAAUUAAUCGUAAAUAUUAAUAAUUAUACCUACGCUAACUAUCAUUAUAAUGUUUUUUGUAAGAAUGCAAACAAUAUAAACUUUGUGAUAAACGUGAUUUAUUUAAAACAUUUUUAAAACAAUUUAUGGCAUUAUCAG